CUCUGAGUCGCUCAUGCGAACCUUACGAGUGGAGACGAGAGACUGACGCUGGUUGGCUUACCAAGCGCACGAUUUGACGUCGGGUACUUGAUAAAGGCCAACACCGGCGUACAUGCCUCAUUUCCCAUAUCUCACCGCCCACCACCAUAACCCUGCACACAACAAUGGCCAGCCAGGACAUCUCCGCGCUCAAGAACUACAAGGCACUCCUGUUCGACUGCUAUGGCACUCUGAUCGACUGGGAGCGAGGCCUGCUCGCAACGCCCCAGAUCCGCGGCCUGUUGGCGCAAGACGGGGCGCCAGACGAGCAGGGCCUGUUGGCAGCAUUCAGCCCUAACGAAGUACGCGUGCAGGCUGCCACGCCUGGCAUCGUGUACGACGAGGUCCUCACCCAAGCCUUCAAGGACACGGCGCACGACCUCGGCCUCUCGGCCACUGACGCCGACGCGAAGGCUUUCGGCGAUAGCGUGCCCUCCUGGCCCGCAUUCCCGGACUCUGCGGACGCCCUCAAGCGCCUCUCGGACAUGGGCCUCAAGCUGAUCAUCCACAGCAACGUGCACAAUGCGGGGUUCGCUGCGUCGCGCAAGAAGCUCGAGAAGGGGUACGAGUUCGACCAGGUAUUCACGGCCGAGAACAUCGGAUCGUACAAGCCCGACCAUCGCAACUUCGAAUACUCCAUCCGCCGGCUCAAAGAGCUCUACGGAAUUGAGCGCGACGAAAUCCUCGUCACCGCCAACUCAAAGCUGCACGACCACGAGCCCGGGCACAUCGCAGGCCUCAAGGGCGCCUGGAUCAGUCGGCCCGGCGCCAAUAUGGGCGUCAAGAAGUUUGACCACAUCGUUCCCGACUGGGAGUUCCCAACCAUGAUGGACUUUGCAGACGCCAUGGAGAAGGCAAGGGUGUAGAUGUGGUUGUGAUGUACAUUGCAUGAAACUGGCACACUGUUCUACUCUACACUCUACAAAGCCAUGAUCUUCU